CUCAUUUUUUUAAAUGUACUUGUGGUGAGUGUCAAACUGUUGUGCCUAGAGUGGCUGCUUUUGCGAAAGAGCACGAUGUUGAAAAAUUAUGGAGAGGGUGUCUACAUGUUUUAUCUCAGGGUUUUGAUAGUAUGUGGCCUAAUAAAGAAUUCGCAAAUCUUGAUGAAGAGACUAGAGAGGAGAUUCUAUUAAUAUUACUUGCAAGCAUUCAAAGAAAUAAUGUUAUUAAUACAUUUAAAGGAUGUCGAAAUAUUAUUUCAGUAAUUGAUAUAAAAGGUAUAGGUCUACCUUGGAUAGAGACAGUUCGUCGUAUGACUAAUGAGGUUAGAUCAUAUGCUGCGAAAAUUUUAGUUGAAAAUUUUGAGCAACUUUGUGAUGAAGAUCAAGAAUUUUUAAAUUGUGUGGAUGGUGUAGGAUUUAGUUCAGAUACUUUAGAGGACAUUAUGAAUAUUGUAGUUGAAGAAAGUUUAACCGAACAAAACUCUGCACGUAUUCUUAAAUCUAUUACCGGUAAAUUAUUAACGAGACCAGCAGUUUUAAGUCCGGAGAACUCAGAAACAAAAAGAUUACUUACACAAUCAAAACAAAAUGUAUUUAAUUAUAUGAAAAAGCGAUGGUUAGGAGUAAAACAGUAUGGUGGCUUUAGACUUCUAAGCCCCUGGUUAUUGGAUGAAUUCGUAAAAGACCGAAACGAGUUACAAGCACUCGUUGAUCAGACUCAAGUUCAACCUCAAGUUCAACCUCCAAAACCUAAAACUAGAACACCCAGUGCAACAAAUGGAUUGUCUAAAAAAGGCAUGAUAACACCUCUUCCAAAGGUUACAAUUACAACGACGCAAACAGAAUCGACGUCAUCAGAAAAAGUUACAAAUACAAAAUCGAUUCCAGAAAUUGUAACCUCUAAUGUUUCCAAAUCUACAGCUGAAUCAUCAACGAGUAGUGAGACUGUAAAAACCACAAGAACUACUGCUACGAAAAAGGGUAAAAAUGUACGCAUUGUUGGUGAUACACCUGUGUGGGAUCGACCAACUCGUGCCAGUGUUUUACGUCAAAAAGCAUUGGCAGAGUCUUCUGCAAAAAAUCCCGUAAAACCACGAAUAAAAAGUACUAAAAUUGAUCGUACUAUACGGAAUUCUUCAUCUUCGUCUAAUCUUCGAGUUCCUAAAACGUCUCCUGUUACACCAAGAGGACGUCCCACUACUAAACAGGCCACAUCUAAUGCCUCGUCACGUACAAGUUCGAUUUCUUCUGCAAAGUCAGUUACUUCACCAUCCGUAUCACCAUCACGAUUUAGCGUUAACGGUGUACGACAAACUCGUGCUAGCAUGUUAAGGCAACUUAAGUAUGACGACGUUCAACAACGACGAGGUCGUGAUCGUGAACGAGAUGAUACUACUCCAAAAUCUUCUAGAGCCAGUUCUAUUGCUUCAACUUCGUCAGUUGCAACAACAACCUCCUCUUCUCAUCACAAACGAAACCGUUCUCCAUCUGUAAUUUCAACUAUCUCAGUUACAUCUAGUUCAAACGGAAUCAUCACUAGUUUGCCACCUAAGCCACAUCAACUUAAAUUGGCUACUAAUCCUUCGGCAGAUAUUUCGGUUGGAAGACGUAUUAUACUUCCAACAAAGAACAAUGCUCCAGGUUGUAUACAAUUCUUAGGUGAAACAGAUUUUGCUAAAGGAAUCUGGGUGGGCGUAGAAUUAGAUAACCCUGUUGGCAAAAAUAAUGGCGUUGUAGCUAGCAGAAAAUACUUCACGGCUAAAGCCAAUCACGGCAUAUUUGUUAGACCGGAUUCGCUUUUGAUAAUAUGA